CAAGAAUUUAGGCAGUUGGGGAGGCAGUAAACGUUUUUACGCUUUGUACGUACCUUGGAAAACUUUCGUCUUUUCAGGUCCUAUUUAUCCAAUCAUCCAGAUUUCAGAGGGAUGCAGAUUAAUGUGAAUGAACUUCUAAAAGAAAAAGCUAUCUGCCUACUUUGAAAAAAACAGAAGUGGACGCUGUUACUCAGCCUUCGUCUUUCCCAGAAUGUUUGCCAAGGUUACAGCAGCAGAGGGGAGGGGGAAGAGGAGAGCACACAAAGGCAGAGGAACAACGGAGGAGAGAGCGUCAUGCAGAAUGCAUGAGACACCGGAGAGGGGGAACUGAAGCAGAUGCAUUUUUUUUCUGCAGGAUUUCUGAAGCCAUCCUGUUAAAUCUUCAGCCAGUGCCUCAUUAGAUUCAAAGUCAAGGCGAGGAGGAGGAAUGACAUAAAAAAAAAAGAAGUGGGACGGGAGGAUCCAGAACGGCUACAGGAAGGGGGUCGGGCUUCUCUGACAAUGAUCCUCACCAACAGGGAGUUUGUCAGUGUUGACUUUCCUCAGUGGACUUUGCGUUCAGUGCUGCAGCGUUUUUCCCCGGCUGCUCUCAGGGGGAGACUGUGACUCUGUCCUGAGCCGGUCCUCAGCAUGCAGAGCGUACAGGACGAGUGCCGAGAAAUUCCAGAAAUCCAGAAUGACCGAGGAUGGGGUGGUGUGCUAAAAAUGAGAAGCGGAGCGCUUUCGGAGGUGACAAACGGUGGAGGAGAAGAGGAUGUGGGGAAAGAGUCUCUGAUGAUGGAGCUGACCAGGCUGGUGCAGAAGGUGAUGAAAGAGAGCAGCUGGUGGGAGAAGAGGGGAGUGGACUGCAGCAUCCUGACUGCAGCAUUCCUGAGCCUGGUACCUGCCUUCCUGUUGCUAGGCUCCUCUCAGCUGCUGUGGUUUUCCUUGGGGAUGCUAUUGAUGGGCUUGGCUCAUGCUAUCAUUACCGUCAAAGGGACACAUCUGGCCAGUCACGGAGCGCUCUGUGAGUCGCACACCUGGGCAAAGUUCUGGGCCAUCUUCUUCAUCGAGAUCUGCAGCUCAUUCUCAGCCCAAGCAGGCAUACAUGGCCACAUUAAGAUGCAUCAUGCCCACACCAACAUCAUUGGACUCGGCGACUCCAGCGUCUGGAAGAUUCCCUUUCUGCCUCGCAUCAUCUACUUGUUCAUGGCCCCCUUAUCUGUGCCGGUCAUCACUCCACUCGUUGCUCUAGCUCAUCUUAAAGGAAAUUCUUUAGGCAUGGUGGUCCGGACGGUCCUGAUGAUUGCACUGGGCCUGUAUUCACAGUAUUGGCUCCUCAUAAACGUGUCCGGGUUCAGGUCGAUGCCCGGAGCCUUGUUAUGCAUGCUGGUGUGCAGAGCCAUGUUCUCCAUUCCGUACAUCCAUGUCAACAUUUUCCAGCACAUUGGUCUACCAAUGUUCUCUCCAACAAAACGGCCGAAGAGGAUUUACCAGAUGACCCACGGAGUUCUGAACCUGCCCCGCAACCCUAUGCUGGACUGGACGUUUGGACACUCUCUGAUCAGCUGCCACGUAGAACACCACCUCUUCCCCUUUCUGUCAGACAACAUGUGUUUAAAGGUGAAGCCUGUUGUGUCCAAGUACCUGAUUGAAAAGAAGCUUCCCUACCAGGAGGACACCUACCUGUCCCGUCUUCACCUGUUCUUUACCAAAUACCAGGAGUUGAUGGUGUUCGCUCCACCCAUCACAGAGCUGGUGGGAGUGCAAUGACUGAGGGAGGAUGAUGUCAUCUUUACUUAGGACUUAUGACAUGUUUCAGCUUAUAUUGUGCUGAUUAAAACUGCUUUGAAACACAAGAAAGGCAUUAAAAAAAUAUGUACUGUCGAUAGCUUCAAUUAUAAGAGGUUUUUAAAACACUAACAGACUUUAAGAGUUACAGUUUAGCUGUUGAUUUAAUCAAAGACACCAAUAUUUAACCCGAGACGUUUUCUCUAAUCAGCAGCAUUGCUCUGACACUUUUGUUUCGACUUGGUUUCUGUCUUAUAAAGGUUCUGUCCAUCAUCAUCCUGACUUACCUCAAACAUGUACUGUCUACUACCUCAGCUAAGGUUAGAAAGUCACGUUUCCACUUUGACAAAGCUGGUAAAGGUGAUGAAUCUUUAGUUACUAGGCAAUGAUGGAAGACUGCUGCAUGAAGACUUGGCAUGGUGUAAACAGGAUAGGCUUCUAUGUCCAAAAGCACAAAUCUUUUCACAAUGUAGGCAUCAAAUUCUUUUCUUUUCCCUUGUUUAAAGGCAUUUACCAGUGCUAUAAUGGUCAAUGUAAAAUAUUAAAAUAUUCAUUUUGCUCAUUUUAAGUAGAAUAUAACGAGUUGGGCAAAAAGUGGCCAAUGAUGUAAUAUUAUUUUGGAGUCAAUAAUGUAACAUUCUGCCCAUAGUAUAAUAAGUUAUUAUGGUAUCGCAGUGAACCAUAAGAAAAAAAAAAUGUUAUGUUAUAUAAUCCAAAACUUUAUGACAUUAUUGGCAAGUUAUUUGAUUUAUUUCACUGAAAAUUCUUAUGUCAUCGGAUAACAGAAAUAGUGGCUACAUCUAUUUUUUUUAGCCACCACACAUUCUGUUGAAACCAGCUAAUCCCAUCUCUCUUUAUCAUUUAAAUCUUUAAAGCACAAAUCUUCUGUAAAAAAAAAAAAAAAAAAUCCUGGAAUGUGAGAUCAUGGAACCUUAUUUCAGAGGAUUAAGCCUUAAACUCAGGCUUUUAAUCAGUCAUAUGCUAAAACUUAAAAGUUUUAAUCCAAUUCUGCUGAUGUCUGACGCGGUGCAUCAUACUGCCGUGAUUUAGUUUCUUUAUGUCUGUUAUGCUGUGUGGAGUUUGUCUGCACUCUUUCCAUGACUUUCACAAGUUCUUGCUUUGUUCGGUCAUCUGUAAUUAGGUCUUUUACCUUUGGAUUUAAAUGUAAUAAACAAAAAGCUUCAUUUCUGUCUAUAUCAUUGUUCACUUCUUUUCACUUCUCACUGAGUAAAACUUAGUUGAACAUGAAAAGCAACAAAAAAAAUGAAAUAAGCAAGCUAACUGUUGGAGCAGACCACAAAACGUUAAAAAAUGUCUCAGGAAAACCUUAAGCAGCAUUACAGGACUUAUAGCAGGUUUCAGAUGGUUUUGAUGUAAAAGCAGAUACCUGUGUGUAUCAUGGUUUGGAAAUGUUUUGCUGAAAUUGUUUUAAAAAAGUAAAGUGAAGUAGGAUGGGAUCCCAUUAACAUGACCAUAGACCAAAACAUACCAGCAAAUCAAGGAGUUGUCUAUAAGGAAGUCAAAAGUCUUUCUUAUUCUGGGUCUAGUCAAAGCCUGAAUCCUGAUCUCAUUGAGAAGCUGUGAGGUGACUUGAAACUGGCUGACACAUUCAAGAAAACCCUCAUACAUCUCACAGCUGAAAGCAAGCUUUCUUUAGAGCAAUACUGACUGGUAGAGGCACGGCUUAAAGCAUAUUUCACUGAAGUGAGAUAAGAGAUAAAAAUGUGAUUAAACAUCGCUAUAUGAAUAUUUCUUAAGAAUGAACCAAACAUUUAUUGUUCUUGCUGUUACAUGAUAACAGCAAAAAGCCACGUCAUCAUGUAACUGCAGCUUCUUGCUGUGGGUGUGCCAUGUAGGAGCUCUGUGUGAGCUCCUACAUGCAUACUGCAGGAGCACCCAACAAUAGACUGAGUCCAGAUCUCAGCUUUUAGGCAACAGACAA